CUAGGUGUACCCAAGAGGAAGGCAGCUGACAAUAUCUGUCUCACUUUUCCACAUCUGCAAGAAUCCAUGCCAUGCAGGAAACAACAUUUCAGAGACAAAAUCUGAGUGAACUCUAUUUUAACUUUGAAAAAUCAGAGAAUUUUGGACUGAUAAUCUCGAAAAUCCUUCAAGAAUGUGUACUGUUAUUUCAGAUAUAUUAUUUAGCAAACUCUUAGUGACCACAAACACCUGCACCUUCAUGUCUGUGCGUAAGUAUCUACGUUUGACAGCUUGUCAACGGGCUACUCGCACUUGUGUAUCUGUGUUCAUGCGCGUCUGUAAGCAGGGAUGUGUGCGUGCAAGAGAGAGAGAGAGAGAGAGAGAGAGAGCGAUAGAGCGACAUUGACAAUGACUGGAGGAAAGAGGAGUGUGUGACGACGGUACGGCAGAGAGAGAGAGAGAGAGAGAGAGGAAGCGACGCGAAUGACACGCACAUACACACCCUCUCUGUUCCUCACAUACGGGCGAGAGGACAGUGAAGAAGAGACAGAGAGGAGAGAGGAGGAGAAGAAGAAGAAGAGGAGAGGGGAAAGCGCAGAGAAAGAGAGAGAGAGAGAGAAAUCCGGGGAGAAAUGCCCGCUGGACGGAUGGAUUUUAUUUUCCCCGAGCUGUACGAGCCUCUGUAAGACAACAUGGGCUGCAUAGGAUCCCGGACGAUCACAGUGGAUGCGGUGCCGGUACGGAAAGAUGGAGAUCAGCAUGGCCGUGCCGAGUUUUCCUGGGAAGGAAUCAAUUUGUCCAUGGAGGACACUACUUCCAUUCUGCCUCGUCUCAAGAGGAAGUCCACCAACACCUAUGGGAUCGGUGCUCUGGCUAAGUCCUCUCUGUCAGGUGUGUCAGGGGUGACUCGCUCCAUGAAGGACAAAGUGACCAAGCCCACCGCCAUGGCCCAGGGUCGCGUCGCUCACAUGAUUGAGUGGCAGAGCUGGGGCAAACCAUCAGCGGGGCCGCUGGGAGGGGCGGGACACACCAACCUGCAAAGGGAAAAAGAGAGGAGGAUGGAGAACGACGCUUACAGCGACCUUAGUGAUGGCGAGAAGGAGGCCCGCUUUGCUGCAGGCAUCAUGCAGCAGUUUGCAAUCUCUGAGGCGACUCUGUUUGGCUGGAACUCGAUGGACGGGGAGAGUAUGGGAGCUGGCUCCAACCAGGGCAGUGUUGCUCACCUUAGUGAGGUCAACCAGGAGAGCAUCACCAGCAGAGAUCAGGUGCUGCACCACUCCUCUGCGGAUGUCUGGCCUCACACCUACGUCUCACAAGGCCUCUACUGCCUGUCGUCCUCUGAUGCCUGGGACCCAAUAACCAGCCAGCCCUCGGGCGUGGCCUCGCCUGCCGCAGGCUCCUACAUCAUGGCUGCUGGUGGCAGCAAUGGAGCAGGUGGUACACCUGGUGAGGGAUACGAGGGGACGGUAAGUAGUUACCUUCAGCAGCACCAGGCUCAACUCACCCUGCAGCAGCAGAGCCAACUCCAACAGCUCCAGCAGCUUCACCACUACCAGCAGCAGCUUCUGCAGUACCAACAACAACAGUCUAUGGAGCACAGGCUACACAGUGCCUCCCAUUCCCUCCAAGCCACUCCCAACAGUACCAUCCACAGCCUCGGGCCUCCCACCCACCCUCGGCUAGCUGACCUGUGGGGAGCUGCGCAGGUCGAGGCUCACCAGGUGGAGAUCGUUGGGCAGUUGAGUGGACAGAUGGCUGAAAUGGUUGGAGGAGUGGUGGAGACAGUUGGGGAGGAGCCAGAGCCCGAGUCUGAAGGCAUCCCUGAGCAGCAUGAAGAGGAAGAAGAGGAGCUGACAAAGGUAGAAGAGGUAACAUUAACCUUAGAGCCUGAGCCAUGCUCUUUGACCCCGUCCCCACUGAGGGAGGAGGCCCCAUCGACCAGAGGUUCAAGCCCAGGACUGCCAGCACAGACCACUGAAUCCAUCGCGGAGAGGAUACCGUUUGACGUCACGCCCUGCGUCGUCCAAUCGCUGGAGGAGAAGGACGAAGAGACGGAGGAGGGCUCCAUUGUUGUUGUUGCAACCAACUGAAUCAUAUGGUCACAAACAGACAAAAACAGGAAAUAAAUACUCCAAUAACCAAUCAAGCUAUUAUCCCAACCCCUUCCCCUUCCCAACUAUUUACCCACUUUGAGUCAGAGGAAAUAGGAGAGGACUUUUUCAGAUGGAAACGUGGGAUGUAAUGUACUCAAACUAAAUGCCAAGAAGCCCCAUAAAUUACCACAGGAAAAUGUGGAAUAUUACAUUAAGUGACAAUGAACAAAUGACAUUUGAGGCAGGUGGAAGACUUGAAUUCAGUGACUGCUGAAACAAGCUGAGUGAGUGUAAGAUGGAUUAAAGAAAUGUUUGGACCAAGUGGAUCAAAGAACCAGGGCUGAAAGCCGAACAGUGGGCAAACGGAUGGACGUGAAAUUCAGAAAAAAAGAGAGAAGGUAGGACAAGAAGAAGAAAGGGCCUAGUUAAAAAAAAAAAUCAGUGCAAUACAAUAAACAUGGACACAACCAGACUUGGGUCAAACAGUAUUUGCAAAUAACUCAGAGUGCACCAGAAGUAUGCGUGUGUCACCAGAAAAUGUACCUGGUCAGGGAGCUGUCUGAUUUGCUAAAUGUGUUUCAGUUUGACUGACAGCUUGCCUGAGCCCUGGGUGAGCUGUUCGGAUGCUGUGAACCUGGUCCAAUCUGAUACUCAGAGUGAGUGACAUGCACUGGGAGUUAUUUGCAAACACAUGAUCUGGACACAACCAAAAGAAAGUGCAUGCUUUUUAACAGUGACCUAGCCCUAACACAGUAUAACACAGUAUACAAAGUAAUAAUAUAUCAAAUUGCUUUUUAUAAUAAAAUAAAUAAAAAUCCAAUAAACUGA